UGUGUAUGUGUGUAGACAUAGUGGUGCUUUUUGUCCACAAGUUUUUGGUACACGGCCCUACACACACGACAGAAAAUGGUGCUGGUGUUUGUUGUACUCGCUGUUUGCUGGGGGUUCCAGAGUUCUCUUGGCGCUGCCCCCCACGAGGUCGCCUUCUCCGCGGGACUGUCCCAUCAUGAGUCAUUGGCCGCAGGGCAGAAAGUUGUCUAUGAUACUAUUUUUAGCAACAUUGGCAGCGCGUACAACCCACAGACUGGGGUCUUCACGUGUCCGCUAGCUGGACUCUACCUGUUCCAGUUCCACGCCCUGUCCCGUAUCGCCGGGAACAUGUGGCUGGAACUACGUCACAACUACAACUACGUCGAGUCCAUCUGGGGUCACGUGGACACGGGUUUUUCAGCAGCAGGCAACUCUGUGAUCCUGAGACUGGCCAAAGAUGACCAGGUCUAUGUGACAACAGCUGACCAGACUGACCUGUUUGGGGCCCCUGACGAGAUCUACGGCACCUUCACCGGGUUCCUCAUCUCUGUUGUGUAUGAAGAACUUCCGGCGUCUGUGGGGAAUCUCAUCACCUGGAGGCAGAUGAGAUAUGGUGAAAUGACGGGUGGAAUUACAGGUGAAAUCACAGGUGAAAUCAGAGGUCAAAUAACAGGUGAAAUUAAAGGUGAAGUCACAGGUGAAAUCACAGGUGAAAUAACAGGUGAAAUAACAGGUGGCAUCACAGGUGAAAUCACAGGUGUCAUCACAGGUGAAAUCACAGGUGGCAUCACAGGUGAAAUCACAGGUGUCAUCACAGGUGAAAUCACAGGUGAAAUCACAGGUGGCAUCACAGGUGAAAUCACAGGUGAAAUCACAGGUGAAAUCACAGGUGAAAUUACAGGUGAAAUCACAGGUGGAAUUACAGGUGAAAUCACAGGUAGAAUUACAGGUGGAAUUUUAGAUGGAAUCACAGGUAAAAUUACAGGUGAAAUCACAGGUGAAAUUACAGGUGAAAUUAAAGGUGAAAUUAAAGGUGAAAUCACAGAGACUCUGUCCCACACGGUACUGACCUGCAGUGAGUGCCAGAACGAUGGAGUUGCUGGCAGCGCCGUACUGACCAGUGAUGUGGGCGUAGGCCGAGCUCAGAUAAGGGUAGGAUCUGAGAAAGCGAUAAGAGAAAAAAUCUGGUCAGGUCAGAAGGUUUUGGUGCUAGAGUUUGUUGUCCACAAGUUUUUGGUACACGGCCCUACACACAAGACAGAAGAUGAUGCUGAUGUUUGUUCUCUCGGCGCUGCCCCGCAAGAGAUCGCUUUCUCCGCGGGACUGUCACGUCACGAGUCACUGGCCGCGGGGAAGAAAGUUGUGUAUGAUACUAUUUUUAGUAACGUAGGUGGCGCUUACAGCACUGCCACUGGCAUCUUCACGUGCCCUACACCCGGGCUCUACCUGUUCCAGUUCCACGCCCUGUCACGUAGCACGGGGAACAUGUGGCUGGAACUUCACCACAACUACAACUACGUGGCCUCGAUCUGGGGUCACAUUGACAACGAGUACUCAGCGGCAGGCAACUCUGUGAUCCUGAGACUGGCCAAAGAUGACCAAGUCUACGUGACAACAGCUGACCAGACUGACCUCUACGGGGCACCUGACGAGAUCUACGGCACUUUCACCGGCUUCCUCAUCUCUGGUAUCUAUGAGGAAAUCCCUGUCGGAAAAUCUCUCGGCGCUGCCCCGCAAGAGAUCGCUUUCUCCGCGGGACUGUCCCAUCACGAGUCACUGGCCGCGGGAAACAAAGUUGUGUAUGAUACUAUUUUUAGUAACAUAGGUGGCGCUUACAGCUCAACCACUGGCAUCUUUACGUGCCCUACGCCCGGGCUCUACCUGUUCCAGUUCCACGCCCUGUCACGUAGCACGGGGAACAUGUGGCUGGAACUUCACCACAACUACAACUACGUGGCCUCGAUCUGGGGUCAUAUUGACAACGAGUACUCAGCGGCAGGCAACUCUGUGAUCCUGAGACUGGCCAAAGACGACCAGGUAUACGUGACAACAGCUGACCAGACUGACCUCUACGGGGCACCUGACGAGAUCUACGGUACCUUCACCGGGUUCCUCAUCUCUGGUAUCUAUGAGGAGUUCCCUGCAGUUGUGGGGAAAUGAGAGGUCAAGGUGAUGACCCAGGUGCCGCCACUGGUCACGUGAUAAUCUU